AACCGCAGGCAGCUGCUCUGCCUGUUCCGCACACUGGCGACGGUUCCGCUGCCGCGGCCGUUUGUUCGCGGGGUUGUCUAGGCCGGCAGAACGCGCAGAGCCAGGAGGACAAUGCUAUACAGUGCCGUUACGGACGGGAGACACCCACCGCUGAAGUCCACGGCUGCGACAGCAAUGGCAGCGCUGCUGGCGGGCGAUACGUGGAUGUCAGAACUGUUGCGAGAACAUCCCGACUGGCCGGGCGAGAAUAUUCAAGACAAUGGCGACGGGGACAAGAUUCUGGGCCGGCACUUAGGGACCGAGUAUUUAAGAGGUUCAGGAUACAUUGCUGGAGCCUUGCUGGCGCUUACUCCCAGAGUUGAGUUCGUAUUUUCAGCCUUCGGCGAAUCCGAAUGGCUUUGUGCCCAGGACCUUCUGCACAAUCCGCAGGCGCCCCUGCCAUACCGAUUCUUGGGAAAUCUGCGAAGCGCGUCUAUCGAUUGCUUCAGAAGACAUUCCUUGAAUCGCGGGCAUUUAUUUCGUACAUUGUGGCCGCUGCUGUUCAACUGCCCGUUGCUGGAGAGUAUCGAGGUCAGGGGCGGAAUGCCCUGGCGGAGCCACCCCAAGAUAACCAACAACAGGGUUAAACAGAUUGUCCUCCGUUCCGCCUCCGAACCCAACGAGACGAUACAUUAUAUGGCCGCCAUCUUCCCUCAGCUUACGGCCCUUUACGCCGAAUUAUUCGGAACCCGGAUGAUGUUCCCGCUGCCGGUCGUAGAUGCACACUUUACGGCCGGCAUGGCUGCGCUGGCCGACACUCUCGAGGUGCUACACAUUACCAGCCCUCCAGGAGAAACCUGGGAGCUCCAAGAUGUCGGGGGUGAACUAUUCUUGGUCCUGGGGAAGAUGAAACGACUUAAACACUUGGUCGCAGAGUCCCCCUUUCUUUUCGGUCGGCAAACACCCGAGAGGGCUUUCGACAUGGGCUUGCUCCCGGAGUCACUCGUCACCAUCCACAUCAUUGACUUCUGGUGCGUAGCCGGUCACGACUAUUACCCGCCCCUUGUCAAUGACCUUGGACCCGAGAUAUUCAUGGCUCAGAUGUUGACUACCCUCUUGGCCGAAUGCGAUACUCGGCUAAAGACGCUGAGAGCGACCAGAGUCACAUCUCCGAUCUUUGGCGAUAUGCGCUUUGUGUGGAAAACUGAUGUAGAAGAGCUGAUUUCCGAGCUCGUUGCCUCAUUCAAGAAGAGAGGGGUUGAGCUUUCCGUCUCGACACCCAGUGAGCAAGCUGAACAUAGACAGUGGAACUAGUCACGUAUCCAAUAUUAGGUAUUGCAUCUUCUCGCACAGAGACACGGAGCCGGGUUAUCGGCAAAAGCUGUUUCAGGUGGCACCACCAAGGAUAGUUCUGCAAGCCCGUGAUUGGGAAAUGGGGAA